GCGCGUGUGUGAGUCUGGGUUGCUUUGGCGUGCGCCCCUCGUUCCUGCGGAUGCGUGCGCCUGGGCGGCUAGCUGGCGAGGCACGCCUGCCUCGGAGGGGCUUCUCUAUUUUGGCCGCAUCUCUUUCACGAUCACUAGGCAACCCACCCCCAGCUGGGCGAUUUAAAGCACCUUCCUCCUCCAGAAGCGAAGAGGACGGUGCCCCGCCGCGGGCUCCAAGAACUGUCGGGGACCAGCCACUCUAUGAAGAAGUCUAUCAUUUUUAUUGUUUUUUAAAUUACUCUCAAGCUUCAGUGGAUGUUUUCUCACCCUAAUAUAUUGGGAUUUGGUGAAUAGCAGUUCCAAGUUUGCCCAAUGGUUUUUGAAGAUGUUGAGCAAAACUAUUACUAGCUCAGAUCCUGGAGGUCUUCCAUUAUUUGUUCUUCUCCAUCUCGAGAGCUUUACCGUCUCCUAUCAUUUGAUUAUUACUUUUGUUAGCCAAUUUUCCACCCUUGACAAAACAGCCCUCCAAUCCCGUGAUUACUCAAUUGUGCAAGAUUAUCAAGGAAAUGAAGAGUUCUGGGAAAAUUUUAGUUACUGUUCUUCUCCUAGAAGAAUGAGAACAUGCUGAGCCUUUGAAUUGCUUUGAGGAAAUAUACAUUCCACUGAAGAAAUCUACACUACCCCCGUAGACCGAAAAUGAAUACAACGGCAUUUUCCUACGUCGAGAACCAUUCCGUCGAGUAUAAUUUUUCAGAGAAGAAUUCCCAGUUUCUGCCCUUCGAGGAUGACGAAUGCCACGUGCCCUUGACUAUGGUCUUUACGUUGGCCCUGGCUUAUGGAGCCGUCAUCAUCCUUGGGAUCUCCGGAAAUCUGGCCUUGAUCAUCAUCAUCUUAAAACAGAAGGAGAUGAGGAAUGUCACCAAUAUCCUCAUCGUGAAUCUCUCCUUCUCGGACCUCCUGGUGACAAUUAUGUGUCUCCCCUUUACUUUCGUCUACACUCUGAUGGACCACUGGGUCUUUGGCGAGCCAAUGUGCAAACUGAAUCCUUUCGUGCAGUGCGUCUCCAUCACCGUCUCCAUCUUCUCCCUGGUUCUCAUUGCCAUCGAACGCCAUCAGCUGAUCAUCAAUCCCCGUGGCUGGAGGCCAAAUAACAGACACGCGUACAUGGGGAUCGCGGUCAUCUGGGUCCUCGCCGUGGCGUCUUCUCUGCCUUUCGUGAUCUACCAGGUACUGUCCGACGAGCCGUUCCAAAACGUGACGCUUGAAGCGUUCAAGGACAAGUACGUGUGCUUUGAUCAGUUUCCUUCAGACUCUCACAGGCUGUCUUACACCACCGUCCUCCUGCUGCUCCAGUACUUUGGCCCACUCUGUUUCAUAUUUAUUUGCUACUUCAAGAUCUACAUCCGUCUGAAAAGGAGGAACAACAUGAUGGACAAGAUGAGAGACAAUAAGUACAGGUCUACCGAAACCAAAAGAAUCAAUAUCAUGCUCCUGUCCAUCGUGGUCGCCUUUGCCGUCUGCUGGCUGCCGCUCACCAUCUUCAACACCGUGUUCGACUGGAAUCACCAGGCCAUUGCCACCUGUAAUCAUAAUCUGCUGUUCCUGCUCUGCCACCUCACAGCCAUGAUCUCCACCUGCGUCAACCCCAUCUUUUAUGGGUUCCUCAACAAGAACUUCCAGAGAGACUUACAGUUCUUCUUUAACUUCUGUGAUUUUCGCUCCCGGGACGAUGACUAUGAAACCAUAGCCAUGUCCACCAUGCACACAGAUGUUUCUAAGACAUCUUUAAAACAAGCAAGCCCGGUCGCAUUUAAAAAAAUCAAUCCCAGUGAUGAUACCGAAAAAAUCUGAAGCUGCCAGCAGCCUAACCGUCCUAGCAGGCAGCUGUCUAAAGACAAGCACAACCCCAGAUGAUUCCCUGUUAUUUUCUUUUUCCGAGGAGAACGGUAAUGCCCCUUUAGAAACAACACGAAUGUUCUUGUGUUGCCUUUUCACUCCGUUAGUUGUCACAGUAAUUAAUUUGAAUGAAAAUGCCAGCUGUGUUCUGACCUUCUCCUGCAGAUGGUUUCCAUCGGAAGUCUGCGGUUCCCUUUUAUGUUAUGCACUUGUACACAAGUAACGUACAUAUUGUAUUUAUUCCAAAGCGUUUUCUUCAAAACUGUCUCUACAAGUACUAACAAUCUGAUGCUUUUGUGAUUUUUCAGUGCUCAGCCACUGGAUUGGUUAAUUCUGAUUGAAUUUGAACAGUUUCAGUCUACUGUUGAGGACUCAUGAAAAUCACAUCCAGUGUGUGGAAAUCAUCGAGUUAGAACGUACUUCUUGCCAGGCAACAGACUCAAUUAAGGAGUUACCUGAAUUUUCAUCAUCUAAAGAGAAAAUUGAACUUGAUUCAUAGUUUCAUCCGAUAUUGCAUGAAAAACAACCCAAAGCACUUCUUAACUGUUAAUAUACCAAGAAAUCAGAACGUAUACACACACAGACACACACACACACAUACACACACAAACAUAUAUAUAUAUAUAUAUAUAAAGUGAAAAAACCAUGUCUAUGACUUAAAAUGGGUAUUUAAAAUCCUAAGCUUUUUAGGUAAUAUAACACAAUCUAAUGUCGUUACAAUAGAUCGUGGGUAUUCGGAUUUCCUAAUAACCGAAUGAAUUCUCCCACCUGAGAGGCAACUCGGCAAUUGUAAAAUUCCUUAACAGCCUUUUACAUAUUGUCUUUAAAAGUUUCCCAUUUUGACAAGCAGUACAGUAUAUAGGAAUGCAAAGUGUACUUCUCUGUAUGCAUCGGUGCCUAUACUAACAACUGAUUUCACAUCUUCAUUACACAUCUCUCCGAAAAAGGGGUAGUCAAGAUUGAUGAGAAUGAAUGUACACCACAGUUACCAUGGGUACAUAUCUGGAAACUGAGAGUACAUUGUUUUGCCAGUGUUUACCAGUCAAAGACUAACUGUGCCUUGUGCAGUCCUAUAAAUAGUGUACUAUAUAAAACACUCAGCCAUUUGUGUUUAUGUAUUAAUAUCCUUAAUUCCAUGUAUCUUUUAGUUGGGAUUGAUUUUUGGAACCAAAAAGGAAAGGCAUAUUUUAGAACAAGACAUACCCUAAGCUCAUUGUAUGGACAAUCUAUUAAAAAAAGGCUUUUGUUUUAGAA